CUCUUACUGUCGAAUGCUCGUUAACCUCGGGCUUGGAUGGUCGAGAGGCUUUCGGAGCUAUGGCUCAGAAGCGAAAAUCAUCGGGGGAUCUCCCCAACCCCAAGAGAGUGCAAAAUCGGACAGCGCUGGACGAUGCCGACCCCAUCUACGAGGAAAGGCACUCGGACGCCGAGUAUGACUUCUCGGAUCACUCCAGUGUCGCCAGCGACAGUCUCCACGAGACACCAGCGACUCCAAUGUCAACGAUUUCCGCUAGAUAUCCAUCGGAGCUAAAAACUCACCGCUGCCCUUUCGACGGUUGCACAAAGGCAUUCAACCGCCCAGCGAGACUUCAGGAACAUCUCCGCUCGCAUAACAACGAGAGACUCUUCCGGUGUACACAUGAUGAUUGCGAUAAGACAUUUCUCCGAGCUUCGCACCUGAACCACCACAUCAAAAGCGCCCAUACCGGGGUCAGAGACUACGUUUGCGAUCGUCCAGGAUGUGAAAAGAGCUUUGUAACUGGCUCACGACUUCGCCGGCACAUAGCUGCCCAUGAUGGAAGAGACAAGUAUCGCUGCACAGAGUUUUCUCCCUGUGAUGAGACUUUCCGGAAACACUCAACCCUUCAAAAACACAUCAUGAGUGUGCAUCUGAAGCAGAAGCCCUUCCCUUGUCUGCACGUUGACCAAACCACUGGUCAGAAAUGUCCAAUGGCGUUUGACAGCGCAGGUCACCUCCGAGCCCACGAAAGUCGAGUCCAUGCCGAGAAGCGAUUCACCUGCGCUGAGUGCGCCCAGCAGGCGGAGCAUACCGACCCAUCAUCUGAGGCCCCCUCUAUCGCAUUAACCUUCCCGACCUACGCCCUCCUCCAAGCCCACAUCCGGACUGUCCACCCCCCACAAUGUCCCAACUGUGCUCUGACCUGUUCCACGGCCCGAGAGCUCCGCCGUCAUCUGGAAGUUAGCCACGGCAACGUCAGCCUGGAAGAACGAAAAGUCUUCCCCUGCACUGUCCCGGGCUGCGAUAGCAGCUUCACCAAGAAGGGCAACCUAACUGUGCACAUCCGCACCGUUCAUCAAGGGGAAAAGCGUUUCAUCUGCGGUGAGACUGAUCUCUCCACGUCCAAACGUGUUAUCGGUUGGACAGGCGCCGGCGGUUGCGGAAAACGUUACGGGAGUAAACUCGCACUGGAGGAGCAUAUCCGAACAGCGCAUCUCGGCUUUCAGAAUGCCAAAGCCGAGCGUCGACAGCGUUUGGGUCUAAGCAAAACACCGAAUCACCAAACCGGUCCAUCGGCACUGGCUGCCCUGACGGGCGAGGGUUACGCCGAAGAAACAGGUCGGCAGAUUGCGUGCUUUAUCGAAGGUUGUCCACAUCGAUUCCACCGUAACUACGAUCUGUGGGUACACAUGGGGAGUAAGCACGGGUGCACGGAGGAUGAGAUCCGCGAUAUGUUCAUGCAACGAACGCUAUUGGCGGAUGAUAAUGAGCCUGUUACCGGAGAUCUCUUCGGUAUCUAUGGGCUCGAGUUCGAUAACGACGACUCCGCCUCGUACGAACCAUAUAUCCUAGGCGACAUGGGUACGGACACAAAACCCGUAUCCAACGAAGCCGGGCUAUAUACAAUGGAUGAUUCCUCGAAUCGCCCAGGCGAGUUUUCCAGCAGCUAUGCUGAUAUUAUGAUGCAAGAUGUUGAUUCCAAGAUACCCAGUGCCGAUGAUAUGGCGAUGAUUGAUCCUUUGUUGGCGUAUAACAUGGCGAGUACAUAAGUUGGACAUGCUUAUUCCCAUCUACUAUCUAUCUACUUACCUCUUUCCGGGCUUUAUAACAUGAUUUACGAACCGAUUCGGAACAUACCAUAAUGAAUGAUAUCUAUUUUUUGUCGUCCUCAACUUCCACCCUCGUCUCUUCUUUUUCCCCCCUCGCCCAUUUUAGUCUCAAAGGACCGUCUAGCUAGG